AUGACAAGUCCUAUGUGGUAUCAGUAUCACCUAUAUGCUCCUCCAUCGUCUCGCAUUUACACGUCAUUUGUUCCCAUUUUUUAUUUAGCCAACUAUGGUUGGGGAAGUAAUCAACUUGCAUGGGUAUCAGAUGGGGUUGCUAAUGGUAACAUUGCAAAUUAUCUAAAGCUUUUGGAAGUUGACUCCAUUUACCUUCCGGUCCCUGUCAAUUUCAUUUUUAUAGGAUUCGAAGGAAAGGGGAACCAAGAACUUAAGCUGCAUGCUGAAGAACUCGAGCGCUGGUUCACAAAAUUAGAUCACAUUUUUGAGCAUACACGAAUUCCGCAAAUAGGGGAAGUUCUCACUCCAUUUUACAAGAUUAGCAUAGACAAAAAACAACGUCACCAUCUGCCUCUUACCAGCCGUAUAAAUUACAAUUUUUCGGUUCAUGCCAUCCAAAUGGGCGAAAAGGUCACGUCCAUUUUUGAGCAUGCCAUUGAUGUUUUUGCCCGCAAGGAUGAGUUGUCAAAUACGAGAGAUGAUAGCGGUGGCCUCUGGCAAGUUGAUAUGGACAUGAUGGAUGUUCUCUUCACCAGCCUUGUGGAGUAUUUGCAACUAGAAGAUGCAUAUAAUAUCUGCAUUCUGAAUCCCAAGCGUGAUGCAAAAAGAGCUAAAUAUGGUUACCGGAGGGGAUUAUCUGAGAGUGAAAUAAACUUGCUUCAGGAGAAUAAGAGCUUACAAGAAAAAAUUCUUCAGUCAGGACGUGUUUCAGAAAGUGUUCUAGCUCUUGAAAAAAUCAAGAGACCUCUGUACCAUAAGCAUCCAAUGGAAAAGUUUUCCUGGACGAUAACUGAAGAUACUGACACG